CGCACUGCCUCCCAUCCCUUUCCUUUCCCCCAGAUCGCCACCGACGCUCCCGAGUUCAUGGAGAGCCUCCAUCGCCACCGAUCCCCAGGCUCCAACCGUUUCCUUGGCGUCUUCUUCCCGUCUCCUCCCGCCCACGAAGCCGCGGACGCCGCCGUGGAACUCCACGAAUCCGACGUCUUGUGGACCUCCACCGCAGAAGGCCCUCCUCCGUCCGCAUCGCCGAGCGGCGAUGGCGAUGCCCUCCUCUCCCCUUCCUCCAGGGUCGCCCUCCGCCGCCCUCCAGACCGCUCGUUCGGAAUCCUCGCCGCGCUCCCGGAGGAUGACGCGAGUGACUCCCCCUCCUCCGUUGUCGCCGUUGGCCCUCAUCUUAUCCGGAGGAAACCGUCGAUUUCUUCCGCGUCCUCCUCGGCUUCCAAUUCCCCGUCGCCCGCUUCCGCGGCCGCUGCGCGGAUGAUCCCCUCGAUUCAGAAGCCGAAGCCGAGAGGGAGAGCGCAACAAACUCACUCACUUCCGGUCAAUGUGCCGGUUAUUCCUCGGAGAUCGAGACGAUUCGAGACGGAGGAAAAUGGUGGAGUCGGUGACGGAAACGUGAAUGAUCACGAGAUGCUGCCGCCUCACGAGAUCGUUGCCAGGAGCAGUGGGAGGGGGUCGCCCAAGACAACCUUCUCGGUUCUGGAAGGAGCCGGGAGGACGCUCAAAGGAAGAGAUCUGCGGCGCGUCCGGGAUGCUGUUUUUAGGCAGACGGGGUUUCUCGAAUGAUAUGGUGAAAGAGUAGCAACGAAAUCGUUUAAUAAUGAUUUGUAUAAGUUUUGCUGUUGAAGAAACUCAGUGGCUGAUGGCAACAUCCUUCUAAUCUCUUGCUCUUUCCAAAGAUCUUCAAGGAGACAUAUUUCUGUCCUUAGAAGUCUGUAAAGACGACUGGAUUGAACUCAAUAUGCUAAUAACAGCCCAACCAAUCCCCACCUUUGAUAAUAGAUGCUUCGGAAGGAAAUUAUUUUACAACUUGAAUCUCUUCCGCAUCUUCUCUUUGUUUGGGUUUAUUUGUAUGGAUAUCUAUCUUAGUGACAUAAGAUGCUUCAAUUUCAUACUAAAAGCAUUACUUAUGAUAAAAAAAUUGUCAAUUUUUAAGGCAAUUUUGAUACUGUGACUCAUCAUAAUGGCCAUACAAUAUUGGUUUUGUAUU